AGAGAAAUACACGUGCAGCGAGUCUGAAAAGGUGAUACAAUUGGUAGAGGAGAGGCAAAGCAUCCAACCAACCCGAGUAAGGGGUGGGAAUAACACUUGUACCUGACCACUUCUCUUCUCCGUCACCGCAUGGUUAAGGAAACGCGCACCAGAGGGCACAACAAUCGCUGUAUAUACACCUCCCAGCUAGAGCGUCUAUCGGAGACUAGAAGUGCUGGAGUAGUAGUAUGGUGCUGACGGUACACAGGACUUAUAACAGACAAUGAGAGGAAACAAUACCAUGUCAUGGGACUACUAAGUUCCUUACUACUACUUGGUGUUUUCCACUCUGGUGGAUUCUCAUGACGAACAGCAUGGAUGUGCACACCAGAUCCACAAGGACAUGUGGAAGUGCCACGUUCCAUUUGCACGAUGGCAGGACCUGACAGGGUUAGCCAUGAAGGUGAGUCUCGUUGUGUACACCCUCUUAACCACAGUCCUGUCCAUCAGGUACUUAGCACCAGAAGAUUGCUCCUGGAAGAACGUCGAUCCUUCCUCCGAUGACGUGGCACUUAAGUGCAAUCUGAGAACCAUCAACGGCCUCUUUGACAACACCAACUUUAGCCUUAUCCAACCCGACCAUACCGCGCAGUUGAUAAUUUCUUGCGAAGACGUCCUCUUUGACAGUUCUCUAGGUAACCAUUCCUUCGAACAUCUUAAAGAAUUAAAGACGUUACUUAUAUAUAAGUGCAAACUGCAGGAAAUAUCUCCACUCGUGCUGAGCGGGUUGCAUCACUUAGUUAAUCUCACCAUAAAUACCUAUAAUCGAGAUUGGGACGACUCCAGAGUGCUAAUUAUACAUCCUGGAGCUUUAUCUCAUCUCGAAAAACUGGAGCAAUUAGAUCUGAGUCACAACAACAUCUUUUCUCUUCCUCCAUCCAUCUUUUGUAAUUUAAAUCGUCUUAUUUUUCUGAAUCUCAGUUACAAUGGUUUCACAGACGUGCACAGUUUGAGUCUGAAAGAUUUAGGACAGUGCCAACUUAGAAUAGGAGAACUAGAUUUGUCAUAUAAUUCAAUUAAAGUUUUAACCAAUCAAGGUUUCACUUCAUUGCAACAAUUGACCAUUUUAAACCUUCAAAAUAAUCAUAUAUCACGUGCGGAAGAAUCGGCACUUGAAGGAUUAAAAAAUUUAGAAAUAUUGUAUCUAUCUAGCAACCAACUAGUCGCCGUGCCACCCCAGGUACUUCAACAAUGUGAACGUUUGGUGGAACUUUAUUUACAGAAUAAUUCUAUUAGUGUCAUCCCUCCAGGACUCUUCUCAGGUCUGCAACAUUUAACGGUACUUGAUUUGAGUAUUAACGAGUUAGGCAGUCACUGGUUGGGUCCUGAUACAUUCGUGGAUUUGAUACGCUUGGUGAAGCUCGAUAUCAGCCAUAACAAAAUGACCUAUGUUGAUGCUUCAACUUUUCGUUCUCUUUAUAGUUUACAAGUUUUGGAACUUCACCACAAUCAGAUCAGCUCAAUAGGCGAUAACGCCUUUGCUUCACUCUAUAACUUGCACACCUUGAUGCUCAGUCACAAUCGCCUGACUCAUAUCGAUAUUUUCACUCUCAGCGGGUUGCACGUCCUUAAUGUUCUGUAUUUGGAUCAUAAUUCUAUUGAAUCCGUGCAUGAAGAAGCUUUCAGAAAUGGUACCAAUCUCAUGGAGAUCAAUCUGGGAAAAAAUCAUUUAAGGAGCGUGCCAUCAGCCGUCCAUUCUCUACAGUUUCUAAGGAGCCUUGAUAUUAGUAGCAACAAUAUCACAAACAUACGUAACUCUUCGUAUCGUGGGUUGCAACAUCUCUAUAAUUUAAUCCUUCAAAAUAAUCGUAUUGGAAAUUUAUCCAAAGGUUUUUUUAGUGAUUUGCCCUCCCUUAGGAUCCUUAAUUUGGCGGACAACAUGAUUCAUACAGUGGAGCAAGGUACGUUUGAUGAUGUUCCCGAACUCCACGCACUACGUCUGGAUUCGAACUACGUCACGGAUAUCAACGGACUCUUCAGCAAUCUUCAUGAUCUAUUGAUGCUUAAUGUAUCUGCCAAUAGAAUCACGUGGUUUGAUUAUGCCCUAGUACCUAUAGGCCUUCAGUGGUUAGAUAUACAUCAAAAUUUAAUUGAGGCGCUAGGAAAUUAUUUCGAAUUGGAGAAUGUACUAAAACUACGAACUCUAGAUUCUUCUUUCAAUAGAAUUUUGGAGAUCGACUCGUCUUCAUUACCAAAUGGCAUCGAGAUAGUUUACUUGAAUAACAACCAUAUUCGAACCAUCCACGCUUUUACUUUCAUGGGUAAACCCAAUCUGACACGCGUGGACUUGACUCGAAAUCAUUUACAAACAUUGGAGGUUAACGCUUUUCGUUUGACGGAAGUGAGAAGCAGAAAACCUCUUCCAGAAUUCUCCAUUUCUGGCAAUCCUUAUAUGUGCGACUGCAGCAUGGAAUGGUUGCAAAGGAUUGGCUCUUUGGAUGGUUCGCGUCAAUAUCCGAGGAUGGUAGAUUUAGAGGAAAUCGUGUGCCAGCUUUCUUUCACGCGACGCAAAGUAGUGACGUCUCUAGUAAAGACCCAUUCUUCACAAUUUUUGUGUCGCUACAAGAGCCACUGCUUUGCUCUGUGCCACUGCUGCGAGUUUGAUGCUUGUGAUUGCGAAAUGGUGUGUCCCGAACAUUGCACUUGUUACUAUGAUCAAAGCUGGAAUACAAAUAUAGUGGACUGCAGUAGUCGGGGACAUACUUCAGUCCCUAGGAGGAUUCCCAUGGAUGUGACGGAACUUUACUUAGAUGGUAAUGAUAUUCCUUCAUUAUCCAGCCAUACUUUCAUCGGAAGAAAAAACAUGAGAGUGCUCUUUCUCAAUCACAGCAACGUCCACAUCAUCAACAACCGCACUUUCAAUGGACUGAAAUCUCUUCAGAUGCUUUAUCUACAAAAUAAUAAAUUGGUAAUGCUUCAUGGCUUCGAGUUCGAAAGGCUAGUUAACUUACGCGAAUUGCAUCUCUCCUAUAACCAUCUCACUGCCGUUUCAAACAAUACUUUCGCCUCUUUAAAAUCUCUGCAGAUACUCUACCUAGACCAUAAUUUUCUGGCAGAGUUUCAAGUGUGGCAGUUGCGGUUGAAUCGACAAUUGCGAGACAUUCGACUUUCGCACAACCCUUGGUUAUGUAGGUGUGACUUCGUGGAAGAUUUCUCUAACUGGUUGCAAUAUACUGAACAAGAGAUUGCCGAUUUGGAAGAACUUCAGUGCUUUUAUAAUGACACAGCCAGUGUGGCAUUAGUGGAAUUUAAUACUACAACGUGUACCAACUACACCGCUACCAGCUAUGUACAGACUUUACAAUCGCAAGAUUUCAUGCCGAUUGUUGUUGUAAUAGCAUCGAUAUUUGCGCUGCUUCUGUUUGUAGUGAUCGUGGCCUGCGCCUAUCGAAGAAGAGUUAGCAGAUGGAUGUACACUCGAUAUGGCCUACGCCUGUUUAGACAGAGGGACCAAGAGGAAAAACUGUUCGAUGCUUUCCUCUCCUAUAGCAAAAAAGAUGAAGUGUUCGUGAGCGAGAUUCUGGCUUCAGAACUGGAAAACGGUGAGCCACCAUAUAGAUUGUGCCUUCACUAUCGUGACCUGCCUUCAGGUGGUUAUUUAGCAGACGCGGUGUUCGAAGCAAUCGAGAGUAGUAGACGGAUCAUCGUACUACUUUCGGAGAACUUUCUGAGAACAGAGUGGAGCCGAUAUGACCCAAAAUCUACGCAGCACAAUAUGCUCAGGACUUGUAGAAAUAAAUUGAUCCUCAUCUUUUGUGGUGUUUCUCCCAGAGACGUCGAUGCCGAGCUAAAGGACUGCUGUAAAUCAGGAACUUUACUUCACUGGGGGGAAAAAAGGUUUUGGGAGAAACUCCGUUACGCCAUGCCUGACGUCAGUGGACGUAAAGGUGAGAGGAGCAGGCCCGAUGGCCCUAUAGCUGUUCAUAUCUAAUGUACAGUAGAGUAAAGGUAUUUAUGCACCUUAGCUAUGCAGAUAGAAUUUUAGCAGUUUGCUUUUAAUUUUCUUUUCUUUUCUUUCCUUUUUUUGUAAAUCUGGGAGAAUCGAUAACUCUGCCCCCCACUACACUAGUAUUACUCAUUCAGCAGAGGUUUUUUUUUAAGUAUGGCUACGUUAUUCGACGCGAUAGAAGGGAAGACACAUAUGGUCGAUGAGUGAACAUGCAGAUUAUUUUUCACCAGAAGUCCAGCUUCAACAUAGCCACAUCCUUGUAUAUAACAGUAAUGACUGUGUCAUGAUCAUAAUUGUUAUCAUCAGAUUGGCUCUUUUGUAAGAAGAAACAGAUUAAAAACUUGUAAAAAAUAAAAAAUAUGGAUCAAUCAAAUCAAUUAAUUUGUUUUUUUUUUCUAAUAUAAAAUACUCCCAAAAAUUCAAAAAUAAGAUCGAUUUUAUUUCGUAUUAAAGGAAAUUUUUAUUGUUAUCCACAAAUAAGAAGUGAUUAUUUUAAAUUUCUUAAAAUACAUAUUUUCCUGGAUAAAAGAGCUUAACUCCUUAUGAAGUUAGACACUUUUAUUGAGUGUAGGCGUUCAAACUUAACUGAAAUUCUCCACCCAACUCACCUAGAAUGAGUUUUCUUGGAGAAAUUAUUAGAAAAAUAACAAUUUUGAAACGCUUCAUUCUGUAUUCUGAAAGAUUCUAAAUUCAGCACGUUAUAAACCUCAAUAUUCCCGCCCGAUUACAUUUAUGAGGCACUAUUCUAAAAUUUAAUAAAAAUUCUAGUUACGUUGAAUUUUGAUUACUUAAAAGUUAAGAUAGUUUACUUUUUCAUUUUUGUUGUACAGUCUAAAUGACUUUCAAAAGAUUAAAAUUUCUAUGCUUAAAUUAAGGAGAGUACAAUUGUAUUAUCUGAAAAGUUAUUGGGUUUAAUUGAAAUUAUGACUUAAAAACAGUCAAUAUUUUCUAUCAGUUGAAUAUAAAUAUUUAAAUCAAAUGAAAAUACCACGCAUAAUGUAAUUAAAAAAUGAUUUUUUCAUAACGAAAUUGCUAAAGAGAGAUGGAGAUCUUGAAAUGUUUCUUGAUUUUUGUAUUAUAUUUUUAUAAAAUCGGUAUAUUAAAUAUUAAUGCCUCCACCCAAUGAAGCUGUGCAACAUCUUGUAGUUUCAUAAGAUACAACAAAAAUUCUGUCAAAUUCAUAUCGAAGCAAGGAAUGAGCAGCUGCCGUUAGAACAAUUUCCGUUUUCCACUUACCUGAUUCCGUAAACGGAAGAGGGAGGUAGUUAAUGAUUAAACUACGAUUUAAAUUUACAAUCAUGUCUGACGGAGCGGAAAGCAGUUUGAAGCCAAUUGCUACAGACAAAUGUAUCCACUUCCAGAAUUACAAAUUCGUCACAGCUUCAGAAAUAAAUCCAUCUUCGUCACUAUAACUUAUAAUGCAUAAUAGCAGUAGCUGUGUCAUUUGUUGUAGCAUCACGUCGAAGAUUAAUAGCUAAUUUAUCGCUGAUGUUUGCUACAGUAUUCGCUAUUCCGCCCAAAAAUUGCUAUUUGGAGAUAAUUAUCUUCAAGAUUUCCUAUAUAAUGUGUUUAAUUAAUGAAAUACUGAGAGCGACAUUAGCCAACAAAAUAUUAUAUAAAGAUAUUUAUAAUUGAAUACUCUAUAUAGAAGUCCAAAUUAUGAGUUAAAGUGAAUUAAUUAAUAUAUAAUUAACGUUUAUAAAUCCGUGAUUAAGAUGUUUAUAAUUAUGUAAAAGUUGGCUUAAAAGACAAAGAUACUCC